UCCAGAAGCUACUGGGGGAUGUCUGACUAGCUCCCAUGGAGCUCCACUACUUUACUAAGAAGAGCAGCCAGGCAGACCUGUGUGAUGCCAUGCACUGGGGCUCAGGAGGGCCUCCUGGUGACCAGGCAGAUGCAGCAGCUGCCAGGGCUGCUCUCUGCUGUCAGAGACAUUGUACAACCUGCCCAAGAGCAGCCGAGAUGGAAGGGGCCAAACUUAGUCCUUCUCUAGCUUCCCCAUCUUCCUCUCUGCAAGACAGGGCUAUUCAGUCAGUCCCUUUCUCACCAGGACUUCUUGACUCAAGAAACAGUGAAGUGACAUUGGAACGAAAAGUCUGCAACUGCUGCAGCCAGGAAUUAGAAACUUCUUUCACCUACGUGGAUGAGAAUGUCAACCUGGAACAGCGGAACCGGAGCUCCCCUUCAGCCAAAGGGAGUCAUCACCCUGGGAACCUAGGCUGGGGAAACCCAAACGAGUGGUCCCAUGAAGCUGCCAUAUCCUUGAUAUCUGAAGAUGAAGAUGAUGCAAGUUCAGAGGCCACAUCUUCUGGGAAGUCAGUGGACUAUGGUUUCAUCAGUGCCAUCUCAUUCCUGGUCACGGGCAUCUUGCUGGUGAUCAUUUCGUAUGUUGUCCCACGGGAAGUGACUGUGGAUCCCAACACUGUGGCUGCCCGGGAGAUGGAACGCCUCGAGAGGGAGAGUGCCAGGCUGGGAGCCCACCUGGACCGCUGCGUGAUUGCUGGGCUCUGCCUCCUCACCCUCGGGGGGGUCGUUCUGUCCUGCUUGCUGAUGAUGUCUAUGUGGAAGGGUGAGCUCUAUCGCCGACACAGAUUUGCCUCUUCUACAGAGUCUGCAAAACUUUAUGGCUCUUUCAACUUUAGGAUGAAAACCAGUAGUAAUGAAAACACCCUGGAACUGUCCUUGGUAGAGGAAGAUGCUCUUACUCUACAGAGCUAAUUUCUGGUUGUGAAAUUCUUGAGAAUCUGCCUUGGCAUUUUAUAUGAAAAGGUUUUUUUCCCCCUUAAUAUGAACAGUGCAGUUUAUUUGCCUGGCAAGAAAAGUCUCUUUCACAAACCAACAGCUAGUGAGUGUUUUCAUUUUCCAUUGUCUUCUAUUUAAAAGAACAGCCGUGGAAGAACCAUAAGAAACCACAAAGAGGCACACCUGUUCUUCAGAAGAGUGGAAGCCUAAAUAACCAAAAUAACCAUGAGCUUGUACUUCUGUAGCCAAAUGUUUCUAAUG